CCCGUUGACGUGGUGAUUCUCAUGAAGUCUUUAUUUACCACCAUCACCACCAUCUUUGGUAGAGGCAUAAUUCCUUUUCAAUUGCUUCUACCAUAAGCCAAAUUAAACCCAAACCACUCAUAAUUACCCCUCCUCCAACAGAAAUCGACAUAUAAAUACAAUUACCCUAUGAUGUCAAAACACAUGCCAUGCCACAAACCACUCUCUCAUAAAAUCAAAGACUCAUACAUACAAUAAAUACACAAGUAAUUAACACAGCCAUGAAAUACAAUGAGAUAUCCCAUUUCAGCCACACUGAACACAAGCUGAGAUUCGAGUACUCAGAAUUCCCCUUCAAAUGUGAUGGCUGCAAGGAAGUAGGCAUAGGGUCACGUUACAAAUGCUCCAUCUGUGACUUCGACCUUCACAUGCACUGUGCCAUGAUAACCUCCCCGACCUUGCACCACCCUUUCUACACCAAAUGCAACUUCCAGUUCAUGUCAAAGCCACCGGGAGACACGCCUCGUUACUGCAACGCGUGCGAGAAGGACGUGAGUGGCUUCUUGUACCACUGCAAAGCGUGCGGCUUCGACCUCCACCCGUGUUGCGCCAAGCUACCGUUGCUCCUUGAUGACGGCGAGGUGAAGCUGUACUUGUACAGGAAAGUGAGUUCACCGUGUCACCGUUGUGGAAGAAAAGGACGUAGCUGGAGUUAUAGGUCCAAGUGCAAGAACUAUAAUCUGCAUGUGGCGUGUGUGAGGGACAUGUUGGUGGAGAAUUGGCAUGAGGUGUGUGUUAAAGGAAGGGGUGUGAAUAGCAAUAUUCCUAGUCUCAGGAACACGCUUUACACUCCUCAUAGCAGUAGGAGGAGUAAAGGGAAGGUGAAGAAGUGCUGUGAGAUUGCUGGUUUGGCUGUGCAGGUUGUGAUAUCUGCUGUGUUGGGGGAUCCAACGGCUCUCAUUGCUGGCAUUGUGGGGUCCUUCAUGUCACGGGCUUCAUGAUGGCCACAACAGAAUCUAUCAGUUUAACUUUAAAGAUUGUAAACAACUUCAGUUCACUACUUCAUUAAUGUGGUUGUCAUGAUUUUAAUCUGACUUAAAUGUGGUUCAAACUUUCUUAUCACAUCUCAAUCUGACUUCACAAAUGUUAAUUUGAGCAA